CUUUAGAUGCAAGGGAGGGCUCAUUUUUUGGGGCCAUGCUGAUGUUUUGCAGCAUUGAGAGAGAGAAAGAGAGGGGAGAGAGAUGACAAGAGCUCCUUGUUGUGAUAAGAGUGGAACUAAGAAGGGGCCAUGGACACCAGAAGAAGAUCAGAAGCUGGUUGAAUACAUACGUCAGAAUGGCCAUGGCAGCUGGAGAGCCUUGCCCAACAAAGCAGGCUUGCUUCGAUGCGGCAAGAGUUGCAGACUGAGAUGGACUAACUAUCUGAGGCCCGAUAUAAAACGAGGCAAUUUCUCGAUAGAGGAGGAAACCGCCAUCAUCACUUUACAUUCCAUCCUCGGAAACAAGUGGUCUGCCAUUGCUGCUCGUUUGCCCGGAAGAACAGAUAAUGAGAUAAAAAACCAUUGGAACACCCAUCUAAAGAAACGGCUUCUGAAAAUGGGGAUUGAUCCUUUAACCCAUGAAUCCAUUGCAAGUCCAGACCCACCAAACAUGGACCAAGGGUUAUCUUUUUCAGCCAUCAUGAGCCAAGCUGGGACUCCAACUAACCAUUUUGGCUCACAAAGUGUUAGGCCAAUGAAUAUGAGUGGAGGUUUUUGCUUGCAAGAGCCAAUACAUGAUGGAGAUCAAGUCAAUUACAGUGGAUUGAGUAAGUUCAUGGAAGGCCAUGGUUGUUACUUAGGGACAAUGGCCAGCUCCAUGAGUAAAGAACUUGAGAGUGAGACAGCAAUGGGGCAGGUUUGGCCUACAGAUGGAGAGAGAAUAGGGCAUGGAUGCAUUGAAGGCAAGGGUCAAUAUUGGAGUGGCCUAUUAAAGUGUGUUGCAGCUGUCAUGAAGCCUGGUGGUUUCAUGAAGACUUGAUUGCUCUCUCUCUCUCUUGUGGCACAAAAACCUGAAGAUCAAAGGAUUGUGCUAUGUACAACAACUGUUGAGGACACAAAGCUAACUAACUUUUGUUUAGGGGGGUUUUGUUCAAGUUUA